CCCCGUUCGCAAACACUUCAAAAAAAAUCCCAUUGCUUUCUUUCUCAAAGCGAAAGGGAUUAGAUUAGAGCACCCAAGAAAAACCUAAAUCUUCCUUCAAAAUGCCAAGCGUAUCCCUUUUCCUUCGCUUCCUCACCUUACCCUUCCUCUUCGUCUCAGGCGUUUUAUCGGCUUCAUUCACAUUUACCAACAACUGCCAAUACACCGUAUGGCCUGGUGUAUUAGCGAGCGCAGGGACGUCGCCUCUAUCAACAACAGGCUUCCUACUCCAGAAGGGCGAGUCGAAGACGCUCUCCGCGCCCUCCUCAUGGUCCGGACGCUUUUGGGGUCGAACCCAAUGCAUGGAAGAUACUUCUGGCAAGUUCUCGUGCGUGACCGGAGACUGCGGGUCAGGGAAGAUAGAUUGCGCCGGGGCUGGAGCUACUCCUCCAGCUACGCUUGCAGAAUUCACUCUAAACGGUUCUGGGGGGCUUGAUUUCUAUGAUGUGAGUUUGGUAGAUGGGUACAACCUGCCCAUGCUGGUUGUUCCACAGGGGGGCUCCGGCAACUGCAGCACUACCGGAUGUUUGGCGGACCUUAAUGGGGCGUGCCCUUUCGAACUUCGGGUGCUGGGUGUGGAUGGGAGCGAGAACGUGGCAUGCAAGAGCGCCUGCGAGGCUUUCGGUGACCCGCACUACUGCUGCAGCGGCGCGUACGCGACUCCGGACACCUGCAAGCCAUCUCCUUACUCGCUAUUAUUCAAGCACGCGUGCCCGCGUGCCUACAGCUACGCCUACGACGACAGUACCAGCACGUUUACGUGCGCUUCUGCCGACUACGUCAUCACCUUCUGCCCCACAAUCACCAGCCAAAAAUCGUCCGGUGGGCAUCCGGAGGCUGCGGAUCUGCCGCUCGUCAACAGCACAAUGGUCUACGUAGGCGGCGAUCAGGCAGGGAACGCGGUACCACGCCAUGCCACGGCAUCAAUCUCUCUUCUGGCCGUUGGCAUCGCUGUUGGGCUAUUGCGGCUACACUAAUCUCUUUCUGAUUUUAGCGAAUGGGCCCCACAACUUUUAGGUAGGUUGGCAAGUUCAAGUGCUGUAUGGGCCCCACAUGUGUGGAAGAUGGACGCCAUUGCAUACUCGUCACUGAACAGUACCAUGUGGACCUCACCCUGAUAUAUCUGUUUUAUCCACGCGGUGCAUCCAUUUGUCAGAUCAUCCUGGGACAUGAAUCUAAAAAUGAAGCAGAUCCAAGUAGUAUAUGGACCAAACCACACUAAACUGUGGUAAUUUAACGCCCAAACUUCCUUGGGGCCACAAAAGUUUUUGAUAAGCUGAUAUUGUGUUAUCCCUGUCAUCCAGGUCGCUAUGACCUAAUCAUCAGGUUGGAUGGCAAAUAAAGGCCCUAGAAAGUUUUAAUGGUUGGCGUUCGAUCACUACUGUUGUCUUGUGGUGUGGUCCAUCUGAGAUUUCGAUCUGCAUCAAAUUUUGGCUCAUGUUCUUAAAAGAAUGAUCCAAAAUGUAUGGUCAGUGUGGAUAAAACACAUACAUCAUUGUGGGGCCCACAGCACCGUCCAGUAGCCACGCUGCUACCGACACUGUCAAUAUGCGAUCCACGUCCGUGGAAGAUAAGGAGCAGGAUUCAUUGAUGAAUGGCCCGGAGGGUCGGUGAGGAUGACGAGGAGCUGACGAGGAAGAAGACACGAUCCUUUUGGGUUUUUCUAUCCAUUUUUUAGCCUAUUUAUUAUUAUUAGUUAUUUUUAUGAAGAAGAAGAAAAAUAAUAAUAAUAAUAAUAUAUAUAUAUAUAUAUAUAUACAUGCCCGCCUGAUCCAUGCACGAACUCCAGCUGUGUGGAUGACAUUUUAAAUGGAAACGUUCGUUAUGCAGUCUUGUCGCGAUAUGUAAGCAUCAAGCCUACUUGUUUUCGUGCCAAAGACCAAGUUGAGGUACCUUUGUUGCCA